AUGUCUAUGAAAACUGAAUGCAGUGAAGAUUUGCUGGAGAGUCUGAUAAAUGGAUGUAGAAAAGCUGAAGAUGUUAACAAACUGGAUGAGUUUGAGAAACUAGUGGAUAAAUACUUAAAACAAGUAUCAGAUUUUACUGGAGGGAAAUUGGAAGAUCAUUCAUUUAUGGAAGAGUCUCUAUAUGAGCCAAUAAUAGAUGAUAAGAUACAAGAGAGAAUGAUUUUUGGUAAUGUAAACGUUAUAAAGGACCAUAAUUUAGUAAUAAAACUUCAAGAUGAAAUAUUGAGAAUUAACUUAGAACUUGAACAACUUAAGCAGGAACAAAAUAAGAGAAAUAUUCAGGCCAGUAAUCACAGUUUUAGUGAAAACUGUGUGACAACUUCUAUUAUGGAUGAUGAUUUAGAAGAUUUAGAAGGAGAAGAUGUCUCUGAGGUUCCAGAUUUUGAAGCAGGAAUCAAUCUAGUAUCCAGUUCUACUUUAAAUAUGAUUAAUAGUAAUUCAUCUUCAUGUUCUACCAAAGAUUUAAAAACCACCAAAAAAAAGAAAACUCAUAGAAGAUACUUUAGAAGGAAAAAUACAAGUUCCAAAGAAAAAACUGAAUUAGAUGAAGCAGAAAAAAUAUUAAGAUCCAGAACGCCUUUAGAUAUUAUUACUUUGGCUUCCAAAUAUUAUCUAAAGGACUUAAAUUCAAAUAAAGAUGGAGAACUAGAAAAUUAUGAUUUACAACACCUUCCAAUAGCACAAGAUCACAGAAGAGGCCCCUAUUUGAAUCUAAGUUUAGCAAAUAUUCGUAAUAUAAAAACGGCUAAUUUAACUAACAAUUCACUUUUUGGAGGAAAUGGACCAUUUCUUAAUGAUCUAUGCAGUAUAUAUCACAUAUAUCAAAUUAAUUUUGUUAAAAGAUCCCAGGAAACCUCUCAAAUUAUUUUAAGUACUUCUUAUGAAUCAUCUUAUAUAGCCUCAGUCAAUAAUCAUAAAUCUAUCUUUUCCACUCAUGGGGGUAUCGAAUUUUUAGUUCCAGAUUUUAACCAAUCAAAUUUAUCAUCAAAAAAAGAUGAAGAUGAUCAUUCCAAUAUUUCAUCUGAGAAUCGAGUUCUUGGUCAUAUUACAUCAUCCAAUUCUAAUCAUCACGGAAAUUCUUUAGUCACUGAAAAGGCGGGAAAUUCUGAAAUUUAUAAUCAGACAGAAGAAUAUGAUCAUAACUAUAAUUACUUGGCUUCAGUAAUGGAAAAUACUACCCAAACUUUUAGGAAUGCAAGACAAAAAGUUAAAAUUUGUGUUCUUCCUAAUAGAGUUAAGGAAUUAGAAAUCUUAAUUAAUCAUCCAAGUGAUUCAUCUAUUGAUGAUCUAAAAAGGUACCGAAUACAAUUUAUUAAUAAAAAUAGAAAAGAUCAAAUUCAUUCUGAAAAUUUUCAACAAAAUCCAUAUUUUGAUACUUUUAAAGACGAUUUUGGGAUUAUUCAUUCUUUUAAAAAGCUCAAAGAACAGAACCUUGAAAGAUUGACUUCCUUGAAAGUUCUUAAGAAGAAGAUUAAUCAAAUAAUUAUGCAUCAGAAAAACAACAACCAAGAAAUAAGUAAAGAUCAAAUUCCAUUUCUUAUUUCAGCUUUUAACUAUUUAGUUGAUGAAAUCAAUUUUCUUGAAUCUGAUUUAGGUCAAGAUAAUCCUCAGAUUCAAACAAUUAUUAUUUAUCAGGAUGAUCUAGUUAUUAAUAGAGAAAUACAAGAUCAUAUAGAGAUUAUUCUCGGUAUACCUGAAUAUAUUUCUUUAAUGCCAUAUAAUACAAGUUUGUGUUAUCCAAUACAAGAUCUAAAAAAUUCUAUCAAAGAAAUUGAUCUUAAGAAGGAAUUAUCUCUAAUUAAUAGUAUUUUAAGACCAAUUCAUGGUGAUUUUUACCAUCCAAUUAAUUUAUUUGGAUAUUCUAAAAAUAUUCAAAAAGUAAAAAAACAUAUAGGAAAAAGGAAGAUUAUGAUUAGAAGAGAACUUUAUAAUAUUAAAAGAUCCUUACCUCUUGUAUAUCAUUCUUAUAAAAGAUAUUUAACAUAUAACGAGAUCUUAAAUAGUCCAAAUAAUUUGAAUUUUACUUGGGGAUGUUUACCAUUAAGAGCAAUUGAUCAUCCAGAUCAAGUUGUACCUCUUCCUAUUGGUUAUUUCAAACAUGAUUUCAGAUUUAAAGUAUACCAUAAGUUUUUAGAUCUUCUUCCUGAAUGUAAAAGUAAUGAUAUAUCAAAGACUUAUAUGAUGUCUUUACAAAAUAUACAAACACCUUUGAAUUUUACUACAUCAAAUAGAGCAUUAGUAUUGGAUGAUUUAUCUGAUACUGGAAAUAAUCAUCAUAAGAUCUUUUAUAACAACAAUACUAAGGUUUCCAAAUUUCCAGAUAAUAUGGGUAAUAAUGAUCAAUAUUUAACUGAAAAUAAUUACCGUACUAAUAAUGAUAACACUAUAUCAAAUUUGUAUUUGGGAGAAACUAUAAAUAAUGCAAGUCAUGUAGUUGGUACUAGGAGAAAAAGAGGAGCAGGUGUUGAUAUUAAUACUUCUGAUAUAUCUAACCAUACAAAUAUAUCAGCAUCAACAGUAGUAACAUUAGGUCAGAAUAAAACUAGAAAGACAAGAAAUUCUAAUGAUUCUUCUAAUCAUUCAAAUAAUGCUACGGGAUGUGAUGAUCAUAGUUCAUUACUAUCAGUGAGUACAUCUCAGUCAUUAUUUGACUCAGCAAAGACUGGAGGAAAUGUUGGAACUUUUAAUAAUCAAAAGAAUGUUAAUUAUAAAGAAAAAGGAUCAUUAUUUAACUCAAAUGAGAAUUUAAUUACUAUGAAAUCUGAUUUAUCAUCAAGUAACUUAAAUCUUAAUAAUACUAAUUCUGCAACAUUAUCUAAUAUUAGUAACUACAAUAUAUCUAAUUCAUUAGGAACUUUAUCUGGACCAUCAGGAAUAGGUAAUAUGGGAAUGCCUAAAGUAUAUAAAGAAAUUAAUCUUUCUGUUAAGGAAAAAGAAAAAGAAAAAGAUAUAGGUUUAAAUAUUCAAAAAAAUAGAGAAAGAGAAAAAGGAAUAGUACAUCAAAAGCAGGCACAAAGAGAAUGGGUACAGAUGGCAAGUUCAUCAUCAACUUUUAUAGGUCCAUCUCCAUUAUGGUUUGAAAAUAGUAUUUUUAGAUUUCCAGCAGAAAUAGAAUAUAAUGUAUAUGAUAAAGAUCCAAUACAACCAGUAAGGAUAAUACAUAUAAAUAAGAAUAAUCAGGUUCAAGAUCCAAGAUAUCAAGAAAGGAAUAGAAAUACAAUAUGGAAUUAUUCUGAAAUAAGAAUGUUUAUUGAAAAGUAUUUAAUGUAUCCAAAAGACUUUAGGAGGAUAGCAUCUUUUAUGGAGCAUAAAACUAUUAAAGACUGUAUAGAUUUUUAUUAUAAGUAUAAAUAUACAUUAGGAUUUAAGAGGAUCUUGAGAUUAGUAUAUUAUUACAAGGGUAAUCAUGGUAAAAAUCAGUUUAAUGUAAUACAUGAGCGUGAUUUAUGUAAUAGUAAUGAUCAAAAAGAUCUAAUUAUAAAUGAGGAUGAAAUAUCUAUUCAUAGAAAAGGUGAAACAGAAAGAAUAGAAAAUACUAAAGAAAAUCAAAAAGAAGAUGAAAUGGAAAAAAUAAAUGAAUUUAAUAAGAAAGACAGAAUGAUCAUAUGGAAUAGUCUUGUUAGUACUACAAGAUGUAUGGAGAUUAUUAAAUAUAAGAAGAAUUCUUAUAGGGAGCUUUUAAUUGAUGAAAUAUUGAAUACUUUAACAAUAGAUUCAACAUAUAAUAAUUUAAUGAGAGAUUUUUAUAAGAGAUCAUGUUUUGAUUCUCUUGGUAAUAUGAAUAUGUAUACUGAAAGGCUUCUUUCAAGAUCAUCACAAAUAAGGAUGAUUUAUAAUCCAUCAUCUUUAUUUAGGCUUCCAAUUAUAGAAAAAAGAGAAAUUUGUAUGGGAUUAGUAGGAUUAGAUAAUAAAGAAGAUUGGGGACUUUAUGAUGAUUUGAUAUAUAAGUUUUUGUUCAGAAUACAUGAUGAUUAUUAUUUGAAUACAAAUAAGAGAUAUACAAUGGAUAAUUUGAGUAAUGGAUAUAUAUUACCAAGUACUAUGAAUGCAAUAAUUUCUCCUUUUUAUAAUAUAAAUAUUCAGAAUAAGCAAGGAAAUUCAAACAUACAGAUUCCAAGUAAUAUUCCAAUAAUAUUUGAUCAUAAGAAAUAUAUGGAUCAGGAAUCUUUGAAUAAGUCAUAUUUAGAUCCAAGAAUAUCUAUUCAUGAUUUCAAGGUAUCGGUAUACUUAUAUUUGAAUCAAUUCAUGGAUGAUAAUAUAAUAGGUGGAGGAAUGAGUGGUAAUAGUUCAUUACUACAUUCUUUGACAAUAUCUCCUACAAAUAAGCAAGAGUAUUCAUUAUCUUCAGAUCUUUCAAAUUAUGUCUCAAAUGUUUCAUUAUCUGAGGCUGGUAGAAAUAUUAAAUUAAGAAAUCUCGAAGUAGCAAAUAAUUUGAAUAAUACUAUGGCGUCAAAAUCAUCAGUAAAUGAGAAACCAAAACAAGGAAGACGUAAGAGAGGAGGAGGAUCAGGAGCAGUAGGAGCAGGUCCAGGAGGAGGAGGAGCAGUAGCAGUAGGAACAGUAGAAGGAGGAGCAGCAGCAGCAGUAGGAUCAGGUCCAGGAGCAUCAACAGGAUUAGGAAUAAGUGGUUCAAAUAUCAAGGAGUCUAGGGACUUAAAUGUUAAUGUACUGAAUAGUAAUACUAUUUUGAAUGAUAUUAAUUUGAAUGCGAAUAAUAGCAUUAAUAGCCAUAAUCAUGUAAACGGAGGAGGUAAUAAAAACAGAAAGAUGUCAAAAUUAAUGGAUGAAUAUAUAGGAAAUAGUAAUAAUAAAAUGUGUACCAGUCAUUUUAAUACAUUAUCUAAUAGCAUGAAUAAUAUGAAUAAUUUAAUAGGUAAUGUUGGUAAUAAUAAUACCGGUAUAAACGGAUCUGGAAAUGGAAUUCUUGGUAGUUAUUUUAUGUCAGACAACUCAAUUUCUGGAUUAAAUCAGUUACCAAGUGCUUUAUUAAAUAUGAAUAUGAGUAAUAUAAAUUUCGGACAAUUACCAAAAAAUAAUAAUCAUACGAUUCCAAUGAUGGCAGGUUUUCAACCUAUUGAUGCAUGUGGAAAUGUUUCAUCUUCUAUGAAUCCUUUGAAACCUUUGCAAGUACCGAAUAGUUGUAUUUACUCUGGAGUUUCUAAUGUAAUGAAUCCCACCAACAUAAUCAGUGGAAACAAUAAUACAAGUAAUGGAGGUGUAAUGGGUGGAGUAAUAGGAGGAACAAUAGGAACAGUGGUUGGAGCAGGAACAGGAGAAAAUGGUAAUUUUGAUGGAUGUGUAAGUGCAAAUGGUGGUAGUAACAAUAAUAGUAUCAAUGUAGCUCAGGAUUUUUCAGGGCUUGGAGGAUUACAAAGUACAGGUGGCCCUCCAGGAAUGGCUGGAAUACCUAAUAUAGGUGGUCUGGGACUGGGAGGAACAUAUUCACCAGGCUUAUUGUUUGGAGGUUUGGGUACAACUUUUGGGCAUUAUAAUGGAGUAGGAGGAUCUUUGAUAGGUGACAAUAAUAAUGUGAAUGGUAAUAAUAUGAAUAUUGGCAAUAAUGUGAAUAGUGGUAAUAAUUUGAAUAGUACCAGCAAUAAGAAUAUAAAUAAUAGUGAUAAUACCGGUACUGGUAGUAAUACAAACGAUGCAACAAAUAUGAAUAAUCAGAGUAAUCACGGGCAGACUUGGAGUAACAUAUUAAUGAAUCAAUACUUGCAGCAACAACUAGUUUUUCAACAAACAUUGCAGGAGCAAAUAAGGAAUUCUCAGCAAAUUAAUUUGAGUGGAGGAGUUAAUGGAGUUGGAGGGCUGGCAAAUCCUUUGAAUCAAAUGAUUAUGAAUACGUUAUUGGGUAAUGGUAUUGCCUUAAAUAAUUCGGGUAAUACAAGUAUAAGUAAUUAUGGAGGAUGUAUAAGUACUGCUAAUUCUUAUCCUAUUUUAAAGAUGCAAGGUGAGAAGGAGGUAGAAAAGAAUGAAGCAGUUGGAGAAUCGUCUAUUAAAGAGGAUUUCCGUUUAGAUAAUGGUAUAAAUGCAGCUGGGGAAAGAAAAAAUAAUAGAGAGAUAUCUUUAAACGUUGAUAUUACUAAUCGGAAUACAGAGUUAUCAAAUGCUGGAGCAAAAAACUUAGCAGGAGGAUUUACAUCAAUGGGAGAAAAUAACUUGAAUAAUGGUGCUUUAGCUCUAGGAAUGCUUAAUUCAAAAGGAUUGAAUUCUGAAGUAACAGGAGCUAGGCUAGGGAUAGGAACAGUAGCAACAACUGGUGCAGGAAUAGGAGUGACAACAGAAACAGAAACAGAGACAGGAACAGAAACAGGAACAGGAACAGGAACAGGAACUGGAACUGGAACUGGAGUAGCAAAAGGAGCAGGGGCAGAAACAGGUCUUGGAACUUCAACAGAAGCUGCAACAGGACUUGGAGCAACAACGGGAGCUACAACAGGAGGAACAGGAGUCUUUGCACAAACUCCAAUUCAAACACAGCCACAAGCAUUCCCUAAUUUUUUGCAGUUUCAACAUUUAUUCCAACAACAGUUAAUACAUCAUCAGCAACAGCAACAACUGCAAUUUCAGCUACAGUUAAAGCAACAGCAACAACAGCAACAGAAACAACUUUUAGCGAAUACAGCUCCAUUUGCUUUUCAAAAUCACCAACAACUAAAUAGAAAUCCUGGAGCAGACAUGUUGAACCUACUUCUACUACAACAGCAACAACAACAACAACAACAGCAACAGCAACAGCAACAGCAACAGCAACAGCAAUUAAUUGGAAAUCCUAUGAUUGGUUUUUCUGGCGCCAAAAAUAUGGGAACAGGAAUAGGAAUAAUAACAGGAGCACCAGUUGGAUCUGUAAUGCAAGAUCCAACUAAUAAUAGUUCAAUUAUAAAAGAAGCUCAAAUUUCCAAUUCAAAAGAUGUGAAUUCACAUUUAGACAAUCCUAAAUAA